CCCACACUAAACCCCAUUCUUCCAACAUAUCGGAAAAGUUCCCCCCCAAUAAAAACCCAGGUAGAAGGGAUGAAUAUAAAUUCCCUUAUCUCCCCCCCCCCCCCCCCAAAAAAAAAAAAUAAAACGCCACCCUAUAAUAGAAGGUCACCCGUAAUAAAGCGCCACUUUCAAAAGUUUGAUUCGCUAGACAUAAUAGAACGUCAUGGCAAUCAAUUUUGUACAUAUAGAGCGUAUUAUUUUAUAUGUCCGAAACAGACGGAAAAAAAUAAAAUGAAUUAAGUAACGUAAAUGGUCUGUUCUGACUGAAAUUAUCUUUGUUAGACGAUUUAUUCGUAAAUUCACUUUUAAUUCGUCUGAAUUUUUCAGUCUGUUUGUGCCUAUAUAUAGUCUAGAUGCAUAUGUGAUUAUUAUUGUAUAUAAUGCAAAACUGUAACCAAGAAAUAAGUUUAUUUCAUAGUAAUUUACAUUUACAAACGCUUCAAGGGUUCAGUAACAACAAUGAACAAGAAACUGAUAGUUCAGAUGAUUCAGAAAUUGAAGUUACAUCGGAAAUCGAUGAUCGUGAAAAUCAUAUAAUUAAUUUCAAUACUUAUCUAAAUAUAAAACCUGAUUAUGAUGAAAAAGAUGAUGAACUGAAUGAUAAUACAACUUCAACAUCAUCAGCUACUAUAACAACAAUUGAUGACAAACAAUCUUCAUCAAAUACAUCUGAUGAUGAAAUAGAAAUUAAAACUGGUUCUGGCGGUGUUAAACAAAAAAAUGGAAAUAAUAAAAGUUUAACUGCACAACAGAAUCAUUGUACAAGAUUUAUUUUAUCACAAUGGCAAAAACAAAAAGAAGAAUUAUUAUUACUUUCAAAACAAAAUUAUGGAGGAGGUGUUAAACUACACUAUCCCGAUCUUGAUCAAAAAUUGUUACAAUGGUUUAGAGAACAUCGAGGUAUUAUUAAACAACCAGAUGAAACAAUAAUAAUUAGAAAAGAAAAGGUUUCAUUUAAACAAUUACAAAGAAGAGGAAAACAAAUUAGUAUAGAAUUAAAUCAUAAGCCACCAUCUUCUAAAUGGUAUGGUCGUUUCCUUCGGCGUCAUGUACAUAAAUUGGUACAAGAAUUUCAUUCUUAUUUACGAAGAUCAAGUCGAUGGGGACUGAAGAGAGGUCCAAUGGGUGCUUUCACACCUAAGGAUGUUUGCAAUAUGGAUGAGAGUCCAUUAAGUCUUUUUGGUGAUCAAAGUAAAUUAAGUGUUAAUGCUAUUAACACGUGUAAUGAAAUUGAAGGACAUAUUAGCAACAAACGAUUCUGUACUGUUAUUUUAACUGUUUUUGGUGAAGAUAAUUCUAGAAUUGGUCCUGUAUUAUUGUUUAAAGGAAAAGCUAAAAUAUCCGAAAACGAAAAAAAACAAUAUGCUACAGAUGUCAAAGUUUUUUUUAGUCCAAAAGCUGUCAAUAAUAGAGAAACAAUGGAUAAAUAUAUUAACUAUUGGAUCUCAAAAAUUAAAGAUAAUAAACCAAAAUUAUUUAUUACAGAUAGUUCAUCAACACAUUUAAAUGAUGAAACACUUCGUUUAUUACGUAAAGAUAAUGUUGUUGUAGCUAUUAUACCCAAAGGAUGUACUAUGUAUAUACAAGCAUUAGAUGUAUUUGUCUUUUCGGUUUUCAAACACCAUUAUUAUGAAUGUAGUGAAGAAUUUAUUGAAAAAUAUGGACCAAGAUUAAAAAUUAAAUUAUCAGCAUCACAAUCACGUAUUUUGUGUACAAGGUUGACUUCUUCUGCUUGGAAACGAACUUUAACCAGUAUUGAUACUAAGCGAGCAUUUACAGAUUUAGGUUAUAUAUGGACUGAUAAUUCACUUGUUCAACCACGGGGUCUUCCUGAAUAUUCAUUUGAUCCAGCAAUAGUAGAUUAUUUAUCAACAAAUCCACAAUUAGAUGAAGAUAAUAUAAUUGAAGCUGAAGCUAAAAAAGUUCAGCAACAACAUUUAGCAAAAUUAAAUAAACAAAACAAUAAACAAUUAAAACUUUCAGACAUGUGGAAAAAAUAG